UGGACACUAGGCGGCUUGCAGAUACUUUUUUGGUACCUACUAGGACGAACGAUAAACGGAUAGGCGCAGAUAGUCGCAGCAGCGUGGCUGAAGUGAAAAGAAUUGUUAAGUUGUUGGAUUUCUGUGUGACUAAAUAUUGUCGUUGGGGGCGUCGUUGUGGGUGAACUGUGCACAGUGAGUGAAGUUUUUGGUGCGUUUCACGUGAAAUUAUAUUGUGAAAUAAAUCGAAAUAAACACUCAUCAGCUACAUAGAAAAUAAUCCGAUAGAGUGAAAUGAAUUUCGCAAUGCGUCUGACAGCCCUAUUGGGCCUCAUAAGCAGUGUAUUAGUAGUGAUAGUGAGUGCCCAGCAACAGAACGUGGAUCCCGCGUACUUGCGUCAAUACUACCAACAGUUACAGCAGCAGCAGCAACAACACCAACAACAACAAGGCGCGGAUGCUACGCCUAUUUAUGAACAAAAUUCUGAGCAGUCGCAGCAAUAUGUGUCGCCGGGCGGGCAAUACCGCCUCAAGGAUACCGUACGCGAACAGAUCAAUGCACAACAACAACAGCAACACCAGACCGGUAGUUAUGUGGCACCAGCGGUACGCGAUUACGCCCAACAUCAGCCGCAAGUGCAACAGGUCCAAUACCAACCACAACAAUACCGUCCUCAGCCACAGGCUGUUAGCCCACCGCGCCACGUACAGCCCCAGUACCAGCCACAGAAGGCUAAAUUGCAGCAACAACGACCACAACAACAAGCCGAGGAGGAGGAGUACGAUGAUCAAAACUCUUCCUACCAAUUUGGCUUUGAUGUUAAGGACGACGAGUUCACCAACUAUCAGAAUCGCAAGGAGGUCCGCGACGGUUCGGUGAUCAAAGGCAGCUACUCGGUGGUUGACUCUGACGGUUUCAUACGCACCGUAAAGUACACCGCCGAUCCGAAGGAGGGCUUCAAAGCCGAAGUAAUUCGAGAACCCACCGACAUUGUUGUGAAAAUACCAACGCCAGCGCCUCAGCAGUUGGUGCGCCAAACUCACAAAUCCCAAGACUAUGCGCUGAAACCUUCGCAGCAAUAUCACCAGCCCCAGCAGUACCAUCAGCCACAGCAGUACCAACAACAGUAGGUGGGAAAGCACUGAGAGACCAAAACUGUUUCGCGCAGUUGAAAAAAAAGCAGAAAAU